GUGGUGGCGAUGGAGAUCCACAAACAGGUGCUUCGGGAGAUGAUCACUUUCAAGAUUGUCACCGACAUCAGCCUCGGCGACAAGAGUUGGCGAUGCCGCAAGCUGACCCGAGAGCAAAGCCUGACAGGUGAGGCCCCGAAUGGCCCCGGCAGCCCGGCGCCCUCGACGGCGCCCCCGACGGAGCCACCACAGAAAGUGCAGAGAUCCGAGGCAACAGGGAACGACCAGGAUCGAGAAGCGGACUGCGACGAGGACGUGGAGCAGGGCGAUUUUUCUGAGGAGGUUGAGCAGGAUGACGGUGAUGAUCUGUGA